AUGCGCAGUAUCAAAUUACCUCGCAAUGUAGCAGGCAAUCCCAAAAUGUCGCGCCAGCACCAGCGAGUCCUUGCAUACAUCAUUCUAGGAGCUGCUGCACUGGGCGCAUACUACACCUGGUUCUGCGCACCGAUCGAUGCCCUUGCGAUAUCUUUCGAAGACCACAAAGCUUAUAUGAAUGAUCGUCCGAGCUUCUCGUCGUUCAAAUCUCGACAAUCGUAUGAUUGGAGAACCGCUCCUCUUCGAAAUGCAAUCGAGACCUACACACCCCUACCGCAGGGGCAACCUCGAGCACUGCCGCGAGUGCAGUUCAAAUUUCCGCCCGAGACGAGGGCACAGAGAGACCGAAGGGAGAUACAGAGAGUCGCAGUACGGGAUGAGUUCAAGCGUAGCUGGGACAGCUAUCGUGCGUAUGCCUGGGCAGAAGAUGAGCUCAAACCCAUAACAGGGGCUGGCCUCAAGUCCUUCGGUGGGUGGGGUGCGACGUUAGUGGACUCUCUGGAUACACUCUGGAUCAUGGGAUUAAAGGAAGAGUUCUACGAAGGUGUGCAGGCUGUCUCAGCUAUCGACUUUGGCAAGUCAGACAUGAAGACCAUCAGUGUUUUCGAGACGACGAUUCGAUACCUGGGCGGUAUGCUCAGCGCCUAUGAUCUCAGUCAAGAGCCUGUUCUGCUGGAGAAGGCCAUACAGCUCGGCGAGAUGCUCUACCGUGCUUUUGACACUGAAAAUCACACACCCACAGGGUGGCUGGACAUAGAGAAAGCAAAGGAUCCUGAGGGCCGACCUCCCACGGCUGAGACCAGCAUCUGUUUCGCCUGUCUCGGAUCAUUGACUAUGGAGUUUACACGUCUAGCGCAGAUCACCCAGGAAUCGAAGUACUACGAUGCUGUAGCUCGCAUCACUACACUCCUCGAUCGUACUCAAGAUACGACGCGCAUACCAGGUCUCUGGCCCACUACGCUGAAUGCCCGCAAAGAACAAUUCAACCAAAGCCGUUUCUUUUCCCUUGGCGCUCUCGCCGACAGCACGUACGAGUACUUCCCCAAGAUGCACGCCUUGCUUGGCGGCCUCGAACCUGUGUACCAGAAACUGUACACUGAUUCUGCAGUAAAGAUCGAUGAACACAUGCUUUUCCGACCCCAACUUCAGGAUGAGGAACUCAGCAAAGAUCUUUUGUUCUGUGGUGACGUACACUCGUCGCGGCCCACUGAAGUCACCCUCGACCCAGAAAUGCAACACUUGACUUGUUUUACCGGCGGCAUGUUCGGGUUGGCAGGCCGGCUCUUCUCCUCUCCAUCGCAUGUUGAGAUUGGCGAGAAGUUGACCAGAGGAUGCAUAUACGCCUACGCCGCAAUGCCCACCGGCGUCUCACCCGAAAUCUUCAAGAUUUUGCCCUGCAAAAGCCGCACAGAGUGCAAAUGGAAUGAGACAGCGUGGCAAGACAAGAUCAUGUACAGCUACGGCAGCCGAUACAGCCAGGAUGCAGAGCAGAUAGCGCUGGAAAGGGGUUUACCACGGGGCUGGACAAGUAUCCGCGACAAACGAUAUCUGCUGAGACCAGAAGCCAUCGAGUCCGUAUUCAUCUUGCACCGCAUCACCGGCAAGCAAGACUACGUUGACAGCGCAUGGGACAUGUUCAUCUCGAUCGUCGCAAACAGUCGCACACCGUACGCCAACGGGCAGCUGCUCGACGUCACCGGCCAGACCGAUUUCGGCACAGAACAAUACACUGUUGGGCAGAGAUUCCGCGGCCAUGGUCCCGCGACGAUAAGGCAGGGGAAUCUGGAGGAUAAGAUGGAGAGCUUCUGGACGGCUGAGACGUUGAAAUAUUUCUACCUCAUUUUCAGCCGCCCCGAUAUGAUAAGUCUCGACGACUGGGUGUUCAAUACAGAGGCGCAUCCUUUCCGACGUCCAAAGGCGGCCGCGGGAAGCGGCGUGCUAUAA